AAUAAUCACUUUUUUUAUCAACCCCCAAACGUGCUUUUCAUUUUUCAACCGAGUCCUUCUUCAAUCAUCAUUCACUCUCUCUCUCUGUCUCACAAAUAAAAAACAAUAAUCACUUCAUCAUUUAAAAAAAAAAAUUAAAAACAAAAUAAUCACCGCCGGGAAAAUUCACAAUUUUCCGGGAAUGGUUUCGCCGGAAAACACCAAUUGGCUUUUCGAUUAUGCUUUGAUUGACGAUAUUCCCGUCUCUGAUGGCUCCUUUGCCUUCACGUGGCCACCACAACAUCCUAUCAAUGUCUGUGUUGAUAUGGAUGGUUCUCUGGGAGAUUCUGAUGGUAUCAAAGAUCCUGGUUCAAAGAAGAGAGGUAGAUCGGAUUCGUCUGCUCCUUCCAGCUCUAAGGCAUGUCGAGAGAAGCAGCGGAGGGAUAGGCUGAAUGAUAAGUUUGUUGAAUUAGGCUCUAUCUUGGAGCCUGGAAGGCCACCCAAAACAGACAAGGCAGCAAUUCUGACUGAUGCUGUUCGAAUGGUAUCACAGUUGCGGGGUGAAGCCCAGAAAUUGAAAGACUCUAAUUCCGGUCUUCAAGAGAAGAUUAAAGAGUUAAAGGUUGAGAAGAAUGAACUCCGCGAUGAGAAACAGAGGCUUAAGGCUGAGAAGGAGAAGCUGGAGCAGCAGGUGAAAUCAAUGAAUGCUCAACCCAGUUUCUUGACACACCCUCCUGCAAUCCCUGCUGCAUUUGCUCCACAAGGCCAAGCCCAUAGCAACAAGCUAAUGCCUUUCAUGAGUUAUCCAGGAGUUGCCAUGUGGCAAUUCAUGCCACCGGCCUCCGUGGAUACCUCACAGGAUCAUGUGCUCCGUCCACCAGUUGCCUAAGUUGGUACUGUACAAUUUUUUGGGAUUCCAUUAAUGGCCUAAAAGUUGUAUUCCUUCCCCAUACGCUCUUUCCCUUUAGUUAUUUGUUAUUAUGUAUAACUGGUAUUUGCUAUUGUGAGGUCUAAUACUAUUAUGAAGUAAUGCUGGUAUUUGCAUGUAAAUGUUAUAAGCUUGUCUA